ACAAUUCGCGUUUGGUCCAGAACGCAUACCGUAGACAGCCUCCAAUGACAAACAGAGAACAUUAUCGGACUUGAGCCAUUUAAACACCAAAACAAGACUUUUUGUCACCAUUCAUGAUAUCGCUUGGAACGAAGAAUAUAUGUGGAGUAUCCAAAAAGCUAUUUAGAUGACUUAAGAGAAGAAACAAUCCGCGGGAUGGUGCCGAAAGGAUUACCGAAAUUCCGGGUUUUCCUGUCACUCAAGCCGUCUGACGUCAUCAUGUGGGCGGGCUUCCGUUUGCUGUCAUCGGAAUUCAUUAUGGAUGUGCAAUAUUUAAUGAACGUACAGAGCUUUAAAACGGGUCCUUAAAAUGCCAGACGGCCGUGUAUUGAAUUGUGUGAGGUGCACCUGUAUAUUUUAAUCGUUUUAAUGUAUUGCGGAGUAAUAAUUAGCUCAGCGGACAUGACUUGGCUAACGUUACUCAUGAAGCGGUAGCAGAAGAUCUGGUUGCAUGUUUUCCUCCUCCUGCAGUCGACUAGGAAGCUGAAGGGUUUCUCUUUCAUAUAAUCGCAAAUUCCUUGUCAAGACCAUAAACAGAGCAUGAGGAGCCGCAGUAAUUCAGGAGUGAGGCUGGACGGAUUUGCCAGACUUGUCCAUGAAACAAUAUUAUGCCACCAGAAUCCAGUGACGGGUCUACUGCCGGCCAGCGAGCAGCAGAAGGAUGCCUGGGUCAGGGAUAACGUGUACAGCAUUUUGGCAGUGUGGGGACUUGGGAUGGCUUACCGCAAGAAUGCAGACCGUGAUGAGGAUAAAGCCAAAGCCUAUGAGCUUGAACAGAGUGUGGUUAAGCUAAUGCAAGGUCUGCUGCAGUGUAUGAUGAGACAGGUGGAGAAGGUAGAGAAGUUCAAACACACACAGAGCACAAAGGACUGCCUGCAUGCCAAAUAUCACACACCUACCUGUGCCACAGUGGUCGGAGAUGACCAAUGGGGGCACCUGCAGGUCGAUGCCACCUCACUCUACCUGCUCACACUGGCCCAGAUGACUGCCUCAGGUCUGCACAUCAUAUCAAACUUAGACGAGGUGGCUUUCAUCCAGAACCUGGUGUUCUACAUCGAAGCAGCGUACAAAGUGGCUGAUUAUGGGAUGUGGGAGCGAGGAGACAAGACCAAUCAAGGCAUUCCUGAACUGAAUGGCAGCUCCGUCGGAAUGGCAAAGGCAGCUUUGGAGGCCAUAGAUGAGCUUGAUUUGUUUGGAGCUCAUGGAGGUCCAAAAUCAGUGAUUCACGUUCUCCCAGAUGAAGUAGAACAUUGUCAGUCUAUCUUGUGCUCCAUGCUUCCUCGAGCCUCUACCUCUAAAGAGAUUGAUGCUGGUCUGCUCUCUGUCAUCUCAUUUCCUGCCUUUGCUGUGGAGGAUGCGGAUCUGGUCAACAUCACCAAGGCCGAAAUCAUCACCAAGCUGCAGGGACGUUAUGGCUGUUGUCGAUUUAUCCGAGAUGGAUACAGGACUCCAAAAGAGGACCCUACUCGACUUCACUAUGACCCUGCCGAGCUGAAGCUCUUUGAGAACAUUGAAUGUGAAUGGCCAGUGUUUUGGACUUAUCUAAUACUCGAUGGCAUCUUCAAUGCAGAUCAUGAACAGGUGGAGGAAUACAGAGAGGCUCUGGAUGGGGUUUUGAUCAGGGGCAAACAUGGUAUCCGUCUGGUGCCUGAACUCUACGCUGUACCUGCUGACAAAGUUGAGGAGGAGUACAGGAACCCUCAUUCGGUGGAGCGUGUGGCUUUUGGGCAGCUUCCACACAUGUGGGGUCAGUCUCUGUAUAUACUGGGCAGUCUCCUGACUGAGGGAUUUCUGGCCCCUGGUGAAAUUGAUCCACUUAAUAGGCGGUUUUCUAAAGAAUUCAAGCCUGAUGUUGUUGUGCAAGUGAGUGUAGUGGCUGAGUCAGUGCAGAUCCAGCAGCUGCUGAGGGAUCAUGGGAUUGAGGUUCAGACCGUCUCUGAUGUAUCGCCCAUCCGGGUUAUGCCAGCUCGCAUCCUGAGCCACAUUUAUGUGAAACUGGGAAACUGUAAAAAACUCAACUUGAGUGGACGACCGUACAGGCACAUUGGCGUUCUGGGAACUUCAAAGUUUUAUGAGAUCAGAAAUGGCACUUACACUUUUACUCCACAGUUCAUUGACCAGCAUCACUUCUACUUGGCUCUGGAUAACCAGAUGAUUGUUGAGAUGUUGCGGACAGAACUUGCUUACCUCUCGUCCUGCUGGCGAAUGACAGGAAGACCAACCCUCACAUUCCCUAUUACACAGAGCAUGCUGGUUGAAGAUGGUGACAGUAUUGACCCCUGCAUCCUCUCCACCUUGCGGAAGCUUCAGGAUGGCUACUUUGGUGGUGCAAGGGUGCAGAUGGCAAACCUGUCCUCGUUCCUCACCACCUCCUUCCACACGCAGCUCAGCUUUUUGGACGGCGACUCUGAAGAGGAUCUGCUGGAGGAGGAAGAGGAGGAAGAUGAAGAGGCUUCCGCAGGAGGAUCAGGAGACAUGUUCGACCAGUACCUCACGGAUUUAUUGCACAGCACUACCACAAAAUGCCAUCUACCUCCCAUCCAAAGAGGGCAGCACCACGUUUUCAGUGCUGAACACACCACCAGAGACAUACUGUCCUUCAUGGCCCAAGUUCAAGGCCACAACAUGCCAAAGCCGUCCAUGUAUUUGCCUGUUGCCCCUAUCAUGAGCAAACACAGGAAGUCUCUGAACCUGCUAGAUGUCCCUCAACAUAAAGCUUCACCUCAGACAAAGGCUGAUAACGUUGACCUGCAUUUACCACGCGAUUCUCAUGGAAACACAGACUUUGUUCAUCUGGUGGAUCAGCUUAAGCACUGUCCAACCCUGCAGGACCAGGCCGAUAUCCUCUAUGUCCUCUAUGCUAUGAAAGGCCCGAACUGGGUGGUGAGUUUGUCAGGACAGGGUGAGGCGACAGUUCGCUCUCUGCUGGAGGAGCUGUACGUUCGGGCAGGAGCGUGUAAGGAAUGGGGCCUCAUCCGCUACAUCUCCGGCAUCCUGAAGAAGAGGGUGGAAGUCCUUGCUGAAGCCUGCACAGAUCUGAUCUCUCAUCAUAAACAGCUGACAGUGGGUCUUCCUCCUGAACCCAGAGAGAAAGUCAUCACGGUUCCUCUUCCUCCUGAAGAAUUGAUCAGCUUGAUCUACGAGGCCAGCGGACAAGACAUCAGCAUUGCAGUCCUCACACAGGAGAUUAUGGUGUAUUUGGCCAUGUACGUGCGCUCUCAGCCAUCUCUGUUUGGAGAUAUGCUGCGUCUGCGCAUCGGUCUCAUCAUGCAGGUGAUGGCAACUGAACUGGCCCGCAGUCUGCACUGCUCAGGAGAAGAGGCUUCAGAGAGCCUGAUGAGCCUCAGUCCUUUUGACAUGAAGAAUCUCUUACAUCACAUCCUGAGCGGGAAAGAGUUUGGCGUUGAGAGGAGCAUGCGUCCAAUUCAGUCGUCUGCCACCAGUCCUGCCAUCUCCAUCCAUGAGCUCGGACACACAGGAGCCACCAAGACAGAGCGGACAGGCAUCAGAAAACUCAAGACUGAAAUUAAACAGCUCGAUGACUCCAGACCCAUAAGCAUCUAUUCCAGCAGUCAUUCCAUCAGCAGUAAUGUCACAUCACCUCGCUCCACGCGAUGCAGCAGCCCAUCCACUCCCAGCGGGAUUUUGUCUCCGACCGGGACAGGAGACUGUCACCUGCAGUGGGAGGAGCGGCAGGGCCAGUGGCUGAGGAGACGCAGGUUGGACGGGGCCAUCAACCGGGUCCCCAUGGGCUUCUAUCAGAAAGUCUGGAAGAUUCUCCAAAAGUGUCAUGGCCUCUCCAUCGCUGGUUAUGUCCUGCCUUCUUCUACCACCCGUGAGAUGACGGAGGGAGAGAUCAAGUUUGCGGUGCAUGUGGAGUCUGUCCUGAAUCAUGUUCCUCAGCCGGAGUACAGGCAGCUGCUGGUGGAGGCUAUUAUGGUGCUCACUCUUGUGGCCGACAUGGAGAUUCCUAGUGUUGGUGGAAUUAUUCACAUCGACCGCAUCGUUCACAUGGCCAACGAUCUCUUUCAGCAGGAUCAGAGAUCCAGCGGGGCCAAUGAGUAUUUCUUGGAGCAAGAUCCUGCCACAGGAAUCUGUAACUUCUUCUAUGACAGCGCUCCCAGCGGCAGCUAUGGCACCAUGACUUAUCUUUCCAAGGCGGUGGUCACAUAUGUUCAAGACUUCCUGCCAAACAGCAGCUGUCUAAUGCAGUAACGACUGCCAGUGACCUUCACUGCUGAUCUAUGACCAGUUACAUCAAAUCAAACGGUGAAAAAUAUUACUGAGUUCAGUAGCGAAGGACAAGCAGAAAUGGGGAAAACACUCAAAUUAAUGCUGUGAAGAAAAACAGACUGCAGAAAACGGACCACUGUGCUGUUCUGUAAACAAUUCUAAUUUAGGGACUGUAAACGCAAAUAACUCUAAAAAUUAUUAGUUUAUAUUUCAUUUACAUGACAGAAAUAACUCUAUAUUUAAUGAUAUUUUAAUAAUUUAUCUUAAUUUAUUGUUUUAUGUUCAUAAAAGUAUGUUUUAUUUAAAUUAGCACUUAAAUUCUAUCUUUUUAGGCCACAAGACCCGUUCACACCAUCCAUGUGAAAAAACAACAGUAAUUUAAAGUAAAUACUAUAGUGUAUUUUAACCAUACUAUAGUAAAGUGCUUGGAUUAAUCUGUUGUGGUAAUUCUAUAGUUACAAUGGUAACCCAACAGCUUUAGGAAUAUAAACAAAUAUUAAAACUAAAUUAUUCUGCAAUAUACCAUGACUUACUGUAAAUGUAAACUAAACUGUACAGUAUUUAAUACAGUUUACUAUAGUUUACACUACAGUAUGGUGUAGCAUUCAUUUACAAAGUUUUAUAAAUACUAUAAUAUAUACAGUAUAGAUCUCCAGGAACGUGAGAUUGACAGGCAGAGUGGUGCAGCAGUAAUGCUGUCGAUAUACCAGUCUGUUGUGGUAAAGAAGGAGCUGAGCCAGAAGGCAAAGCUCUCUAUUUACCAUUGAAUGUACGUUCCUACUCUCACCUAUGGUCAUGAGCUUUGGGUCAUGACCAAAAGGACAAGAUCUUAGAUACAAUCGGUCGAAAUGAGUUUCCUUCGCAGGGUGCAACCUUACAGAUAGGGUGAGGAGCUCUGUCACCUGGGGGGAGCUCAGAGGAGAGCUGCUGCUCCUCCACAUUGAGAGAAGUCAGCUAAGGUGGCUCGGGCAUCUGUUUCGGAUGCCUCCUCGAGGUGUUAAAGGCAUGUCUCACCCGGAGGAGGCCUGCUGGAAGACCCAGGACACGCUGAAGGGACUAUGUCUCUCGGCUGGCCUGAGAACACCUCUGGAUCCCCCUGGCCCCAGCGAUGCGGCCUUAGAAAAGAGGACAAAAAUGAGAUGAGAUGAGAUGAGAUGAGAUAUACAGUACAAUUCAGUUGACUAUAGUGUGUUUCAAAAACACUAUUUACAGGGCCGGAGCAAGCUGAACUGCCGCUCUAGGCAAAGGACGGUUAUGCCGCCCUCAAUCCUAAAGUGAAAGCGAGGGGGGGUGUCGAGGGAGCUGUCGCGGACACCACCGCCCUCUCUAUUUUGCCGCCCUAGACGCGGAUAUAACUGAGGGCGCGGGUGGUGAGGGUAGUGUCGCAGACGCCACCCUAGACGCAGAUAUAACUGAGG